GAAAAGGAGUUUUUGUCAGCAUUUACUUUGGAGGGUCAGGAGAGACGAGUUGCUGUUUUUGACUUUGCGGGUCCUUUCACCGAGAAAACUGGGGAAGGCGGGGUCAUUGGUGCAAUGCGAAAAAUAUUCUUGGGUGUCGCAGAAAUAAAAGGGGGUGGGUUGGGUGUCGGCUGGGAAAAAAUAUCGCCGAAAAGCAGAAGACGAGAAAUGGUUGGGGACGAGAAAACCUGGGUUGGAUUGAGAAGAAAAAAAGUAAAACCAAUAAAAACGUGGGGGUUUUUGGGGAUUAAAUAUGAGGCAAAAAAAUUAAUGUCUUCGGGUUGGUGA